AUGAAUCCAAGAGAGUAUCCACCAGAAAACCUCACUCAACCGCAUACAGACAACGAAGCUUUCGACACCUCCUCCGACACAGAAUCCGCAACAGACGCAAACCACCAAACGAAACCCAAAAAGGACAUAACACCACUCAACGCAGUCUUCCUAUGUCCACUGGAAUGCUCUGGAACUCAGGCCAUCACCGAUUUAGAGACUGCUACGCAACAUUUACGAGAAGAGCAUGCUUUGAUUAUUGACAAUGUGGAUCAGGUUGUGCAUUUCUUUAAUGCGUAUGUCGUGGAUGUUGCGAGACGGAUUCAGGAUAAGAGUGUGAAGCUGGUUGUGUCUGGUGGGAGGAAUGGGGGUGGACAGUCGUUGAGGAUUGUUGGAUCAGCUGCAGAUGCACGGGAUGCUGAGCUGAGAACACGUCUGAAAGCUUCCAUCCUUGAAGAGGUACUCCGAGUCCAACAAGAUGAACGUGAGCGCGACACGAAGCGAAAAUGUCUCUUUUGUCGUGUCGUGCCUGAUAAUCGCACAUCACUCCUGGAACACAUGUGGCACCAACACAAUCUCAAUAUCGGAGUCGCAGACAAUAUCGUUUAUUUUGACGAGUUCCUGAAUAUCUUGGAGGGGAAGCUUACAUCCCUUCAAUGCCUAUACUGUGAAAAAACCUUCAAAGGCCAGACAGUACUUCGUCUCCACAUGAGGAAAAAGAAGCAUUUCAAGCUACGACCUUGUUGUGAAUAUGAUCGGUUUUAUAUUGUUAAUUAUACAGAGAGUAGAUGGGGGCAGGAGAAUGGUGGUGGUGCUGACGAAGACGACGAGAACUGGGACGACUGGAAUGAACCAGAAUCGCUACAAACCAUGUGUUUAUUCUGUGAACAUGUCGAGGACACGCCGUUAUUGCUUUGUCAACAUUUGCUGGCGAGGCAUGGAUUUGAUUUGUUGGAGCAUCGUAAGAAACUGGACGUAUAUCAGAACUUGUCAUUAGUCAACUACCUCCGCAAACAAUUCAUCAUACUGAAGUGCUUCUCGUGUCUUCAACCCUUCCAAAGUGUGGAUGAUCUCGAGAAGCAUUUGGACGAUGAGAAGCAUACAGUACCACUUCCGCCACAUUCAUUAUACAGCGACGCACAGAACUUUUUCCCAACUGUCGACGGCGACCCGCUACUAAUGUUUUUGGGUGAAGGGGAGAAUGAACAUGCAGAUGAAGAUAACACGACUGAUGAUACACACGUACUGGCUGAACCUGUACAUAAAGUCCCAGAUUUACGAAAUAUGUCAAUAGAAGAACGUCUAGAUUGGAUUUCUACUCGAUGA